UCGGAAUCCCACCGUCUCACAUACACACUCACUUAAACACACACGCAGCCAUAUUGGAACGCUAACGGCACGGACCCGUUGAGCAGCGCAGUGAUCCGCUAGCAGAGCUCGGCUAGCGGCUAGGUGGGAUUGUGAGCCCUGCUCCUGCUGGGCGAUUUUUAACCUGUCCGCGGUUCCGUAAAGCCCCCGGGGCUUCGGUUUUUAACCCGUCCAGGAGAGCGGAGCGGGGCGGUUCUGCUGUGUGUGAGAGUGAGUGAGUGAGUGAGAGUGUGUUGUGGAUCCAUUCGCUUGGAUGGACCCGAGGCUCGCCUGGAUCCAGCCCGAGCAGAAAGGACCCGCUAACGCUUUGUGGAUGCGUGUGUGGGAAACCUCGCAGGGCAUGCGGACCGGUAGCGGCACCGGGACGAACCGGGCCGGGUCGCCCACCAUGGCGUCCGGUUUGCCGAAAGCCAGCCUUGCCGUGGUCCCGCCGGUAACGUUACCGGGCUUCGCCGGCCACCACCAUCCCCACCACCUCUCUAACGGCAGCGCCGUCUCUUCCAGCUUCUGCCCGCCAGUGGAGAACCCUGCAGCCGGCGAGAGGAAAGCGCCCCAGAAGGACGGUUCUGUGUCCCCGGCCGAGUCCGCGGACUCGGAGACGGACAGUCCCAGGUCGGACUCCUUAGGAACUUGGGCCAAACUUAAUUUUAACUUCGCCGAGCAUUUACACAACAUUAACAACCACUUACGCCACCGCCGCCUCCAGCAGCAGCAGCAGCUCCACUCCCACACUCUCCCACCACACUUUCACCGGCACUUUCCCUCACCAGACCUCCAGCAGAACCUCCAGCAGGCCAGGAAGAAAGGUGACAACAAGGCGAGCACCUACGGCUUCAACUACCUGCUCUCCCAUUCCAACACUAACCACUUCUGUUCAGGAACGCCGUGGAAGAAGAGGAGAUACGGCCCUGGCGUUAACGGGUUACAUGAAGAGAUAGUGGACUUCUACGAUUUCAUGUCUCCACGGCCGCAGGAAGAGGCCAUGAGGAGAGAUGUGGUCAACCGUAUUGAGACUGUGAUCAAAAACCUGUGGCCUACAGCUAAUGUCCAAAUAUUUGGCAGCUUCAGUUAUGGACUGUACCUCCCAACAAGUGACAUUGACCUGGUGGUGUUUGGGAAGUGGGAGCGACCACCUCUUCAGCAGCUUGAUCAGGCCCUAAGGCAGCAGAACUUGGCAGAGCCUUUCUCAAUCAAAAUUCUGGAUAAAGCUACAGUUCCUAUUAUAAAACUGACUGACAGAGAAACAGAGGUGAAAGUUGACAUCAGCUUUAAUGUGGAGACUGGGGUCAAAGCUGCUCGCUUUAUUAAAGACCACUUGAAGAAAUACUCUGUGCUGCCAUAUCUGAUCUUUGUUUUGAAGCAAUUCCUGCUGCAGAGAGAUCUAAAUGAAGUGUUUACUGGAGGCAUCAGUUCCUACUGCCUCAUUUUAAUGGCCAUCAGCUUCUUACAGCUCCACCCUAGAAUCGACUGCAGGGGCACUAAUAUCAAUCUGGGCAUUUUGCUCAUCGAGUUUUUUGAGUUGUACGGGAGGAAUUUUAACUACUUGAAAACGGGCAUCCGUGUGAAGAAUGGAGGGGCAUACCUGGCCAAAGAAGAGAUUUCUAAAGCCAUGACCAAUGGACACAGACCCUCAAUGCUGUGUAUUGAGGACCCAAACCUACCAGGUAACGAUGUGGGUCGCAGCUCCUACGGUGCCAUGCAUGUCAAGCAGGUAUUCGACUACGCUUACAUCGUCCUCAGUCACGCUGUCUCUCCUCUGGCUCGCUCCUAUCCCAACAAAGAAAUGGACAGCACGCUAGGGCGGAUACUCCGACUGACCCAGGAGGUGAUUGACUACAGGGAGUGGAUCAUGCAGAAGUGGGGAGACCGACACAACGCCAGGAUAAACCGCUGUCUUGUACAGUUUGAAGCUGAUCCUGAGGAGCAACAGAGAGACUCCUCAUCUCCUCAGAGCGCCGAUUCAAUCAUGUCUCUGUCCAGCCCUCAACAGCACUCUUCCUCCUCGUCUUCCUCCUCCUCCUCCUCCGUUUCAUCCCUUUCAGGAAGUGACAUUGACUCUGACUCAGUCCCCUGUGGAAUCAAGCAGCUUCAAGCUUCCCAGACAUCCACCCUGCCUAGCACCCAGCCGAGGCCACAGGGCAGGACGAAUCCAUCUGACAUGGUUUCAUCCGCCAAGGGACAGCUGCGAAAACUACUUCCUGAGACCAUGGUGGUGCCGCCACCAUUGCCAAGCAGGCCAGCGUGCAUGGAUGGGUGUGUCCCCUUUAGCGCCAGCUACUGGCUGCCCCCCACCGUGGCCUCUCCUGUCUACCUCAGCCCCCUUCCGGGCUCCCACCACCAGCACUACGCCAAGUUUAAUAAUGGUCAAAGGUUUGUACUGAAGGGGCCACCCCACAACGGUGGCUUCGAGCCUAGUGUGAUGCCCGGACCCCGACCUCACCCUCCGCAGCACAAUCGCAACAGCUGGCGCCGCCGCAGGAGGGACACGGCGCCCUCCAGCCUCAACAGAUAGAAACGGCUCACCUGCCACAAGUCAAAGGUAGCACUUCCUUUCUAAGUGGCCGCUGACGAUGACGUCUCCCACUCUCUGACUUGGGUGGUCUCAGCCGAUGGCUUCAGGUCACAACGUGCUCGUCUCCAUGUUGUGACUGACUGCCUGCCUGUUUGAUGUAUUUGUUCUUCAUAUUCACUCUUCACCUUUUUUUUUUUGGUCCUCCUCCACCCUUUUUUUUUGUGUUGUCUGGUGGCCGUAGCCUUUUAAGUUUACUAAAGUUAAGUUUGGGUUUCUGUUUGUGGCGCACACUAAACUUUUUGACACAGCCAGGCUGUACUUGGAAUUAUAUUUAGUAUAACUCUUGUGCAAUAUGGGUGUUUUUUUUUUUGUUUGUUUGUUUGUGUUUUUUUAUUUGAGUUUUUUAGUUAUGUUUUUAAUUUAAUGUUUUGUCAAAGUUUACAUUUUUUUGUGUUUCUGUGAUGAAUGUAAGCUCUUGUAAGACUGUGGUGAGGUUUAACUGAUGUUAUGUACGUAGUGUUUUAUCAUGUUAUAAUCCAUACUGUGAACCUGUCUGGACGGUGGUUGUGGUUUUGUGCAUGAUAAAACUUUAUGUACGCACCAAAUUCCAGGAGACGUCCUCCCUGCACGCCAGCCUGCCACGCACCAGCAGGUGGAGCCAUUGUUAAACUACUUUGUGCCAAAAUCUUAUGGGUACUGCAACCGGAGGCCUGGUAGACAAAGUGUUCCUUAUGUUAAAGCCUAUGUCUUCUCACAGCCUGCAAUGUACCAAACCGCUUCUUGUUUUUUUUCUCUUCAUUUUAUCUUUUUAUUUGUUUUGUAUCUGUACUUGAUUUAUGUUGACCUGGCCUGACUUUUGACUCCUCCAUUCUCAAGGCAUCCUUCUUUGCACCCAGCUGUUCAGUUGAGUCAGGGAAAUGAUGAAUGAUUUUGGGGUUAAUGGAAAGAUCUUGCCGCUGCCUUGUGCCAGUUUUACUUUGUUGUCUGUUGUAUUGAGACUUGAGGAAAUAUUUAGUUUCUUAUUCUAAUUUCUUUUUAAACAAGGGAUCUUUCGAUAAAGGGUUUGCUUCUUGCUCGUCAAGAGGCAAAACAAUUUGUGAUUCCGUUAUGGAAUCUGUCUGCUUCUUGUUCUAUCAAGAGCAACCCCCAUUUCCUUUAUUUAAAUAUUGUUUUCCCUACAGUUACAAACCUUUUCUGGGUAGAAACUGCCAAAACAGUGACUUGCAGGUUUAUUACAACUACUGUAAAUCUCUCCACAUAAAAUUCCUCUAAAUGACCAUGCUUGGUUGAUGGCGCAGCUUGUGUGAGUGCCAAAUAUUUGAAACACAUUAGUCUACUUCCAAACUACUGACCAGUUAGUUCCAGUGUCAUGCAGUGUUUCUACCAGUAUUCUAUGCAAAAUGUAUUUUGUUUUUGGUUUUUAUUUGCUUACAUACAUUAUCAGUGUUUAUCAAAACUCAUGCCACUAUAUUUAGUAAGAAUUCUGGUACGGGAUUGUGAAAGUGAUUUUUAGCUAAAUGGCGGGACAUGUACUGUUCACCUUUCCUUUUCCUUUUCUUUUUUUUAUAAAAGAAAUUAACUGUCCUGCCAGAUAUUCCACAAAGCACUCCAUUAUUAUUAUUUUUUUAUUAUUAUUAUUAUUAUUAUUAUUAUUAUUAUUAUUAUUAUUAUUAUUAUUAUUAUUAUUAUUAUUAUUAUUAUUAUUAUUAUUAAGUGUUUGUCCCAAAGACAGUCUUAUUCAGAUCUAGAACACACUUGCAGCCAUGUAUUAUAUCUCAAGCAACCCAGAAGUGACUUCCUGUUCCACCUGGGUACAUGAGGGUUUUGCCAAAAGGAAAAUCCUGCUUUGCACUCCAUGGACUUGGGAAGGAGAGAAACAAUGGACUGCUUCAUGUGCUCAGUUGUAUAUCUUUACUUCAGCAGUGCUCCCAGUGAAAGAGUCCACAUGGGCCAAAAUGUGUCAUCUGCUCAAAGGUGAUAUUUGAAUGUAACCUGAAGUUAAUAAGGUUUUUGGGGGUUGUUUUUUGCCUUUUUUGUCCCUGGAUAUUUUUAUGUAAAAUUUUCUACAGAUUAUUUUUAAAAUAAAUGUCUGAAAAGACCA